CGGGAGUAAUCGAGAUGUGUUAAAAGUAAACCAAAACAAACGACAGCUGUUUCUUAUUCCGGUUCGAUUUUUUUUUGUGGAAACAAGAAUGUCUAUGAAUAAAUUUAUGCAUCCUCGCAACAUAUACCGCGAGAAGCCAGAUUUUUUGGCGCUGGUCAAAUUGUACCCGGAAUUAACUAAAGUCACCUAUGUGGAUAUGAGUGGCCGUCUAAAACUGAACUAUAAGGACGUGACCGCACUUCAACUGCUGACAUGCUGUUUGCUGAGACGAGAUUUCGGAUUAGAGAUAGAACUUCCCCCGGAUAAAUUGAUUCCCACGCUACCUUUGCGGUUAAACUAUAUUCUAUGGUUGGAAGAUAUUGAAGGUACGUUUGGGUGGAAGAAUCGGUCAGCUGUUAGAGGAUUGGACAUUGGAUGUGGCGCUUCCUGCAUCUAUCCAUUGUUGGCCACAGUGCAAUCAAAACAUCGUUGGAAAAUGGUCGGUUUGGAACGGUCCAACGACAGUGUGGAGUGUGCAAGAAAAAAUGUAACAAGAAACGGGUUGGGCGAUGAAAUAAAGAUUGUGCAGCAAGACAACAGUGAGAAAACAAUAUUGAAGGCAUUUAUGGCGAGCCAAAUGGAACGGUUUGAUUUUUGCAUGUGCAAUCCUCCGUUUUUCGAUGAUGGCGUUGAAACGAAGAUGGAAAAUCGCACUGGUAGGAGAAAGGAACCGUCCAAUGCUAAGACAGGUUCUAGCGCGGAAUUGAGCACAGAUGGUGGCGAAGUUCGGUUUGUGGGACAGAUAAUAGAAGAAAGCAUGGAACUGAGGGAUCGAAUCCAUGUAUAUACUUCAAUGAUUGGACAUAAACGGAAUUACGAAGAACUUCUUCGUAUGUUGAAAGGACAUGGUAUCAACAAUAUGACCACAACAAGGUUUUGUCAGGGGAACACUACCCGAUGGGGCAUUGCUUGGAGUUUCUCAAGUGACAUCGUUUUAUCUAAAGUUGCAAAUCAUAUAACUUCGGUCAAACAAAAGUCACCCGACAAACCCUUGGGAAUAAAGUUGUUCACAGAGGAAAACGUUCCAUCUCUCGAGGAAGCACAGUGUAAAGUCAUGAGGGUUUUGUCACCACUAAACCUUGGAGUGCGAGUGCUGGAAGGCACCGAUCAAGAAAUGAUGUGGGAAUUAUCGGCUCAAGAAAACACUUGGUCACAUCAACGUCGGAAGAGACGAGAGGCCCAAAGGAAACUGAGUCCAGGUGGAGAAAACUCACGCAAUAAGCUGCGAGAAGAAUCCGAGAUUGUCGAAACCAAUGAAUCUCCCUGCAAACGAUCGAAAACGAACCAUGGCGAUCCUGAUGAACCAAUACUCAAAGGUGUACUUUGUUUAAAAAGGCUGCCUGGCGACGGAUACUAUCUUGCGCUAAGUUAUACGAGUGGAUCAGCUGGAAAGGAUGCAACAAACCAAAUACUGCAGUACAUAAAAAACACUUUGAAAAUAUAACAAUCGUGUUUUGAAAAAAGCUGACAUUCAAUUAAUGAGAAACACAAUUCGAAAGUCCUCCGGAGAAUUUUUAUUUCAACAGCAAUUUUACGCAGAAAUUUUCCAGAAACAUAACUUUCUAUCCUGUCCAGCUACCACAUACGGUAACUGAUAAUGCCAGCAAAGUCCUCCAUACAGCGACAGUCUCGCCUCCACUUGCGGAAUUUGAUUCUUGAUGUGAAUAACCUUCAAAGACGCCUUAGGUCUUCCCACGCUUGCGACAACGGUUUCCGAAUGAGGCGAAAACUUAACGAUGUGGCCGCAAUCCUCAUGAAUUCGUUUGUUCUCGAUUGGCCUACUCGGCUUCUUAAGGUCCCAAAAUAUGAGUUCCCCUCCUGCGAGAGCCACAACGAAAGCUGAGUUAUUCAGACUCCAAUCGGCAUAAUUCAGCGGAUUCUUAUUGGUUUCAACCGAUAGUAUUGCCAGCUUCGAAUCCACAUUGUACAAAUGUACGAUACCGGAUUUCUCCGCAAUCAGAACUUUCCCCGGUUCGUCUGGGUGCCACCUAGCCGACACAACUGCCGAGCCGAAAAAGAACGUGGGACCUUUGGUAUACUCUUCCUUGCGCUUCCACAUUAUACACAUGUUGUCAUCUCCACAAGAAGCCAAAUACUCCCCAUCGGGAUCCCAGCUAAUUUGAUUCACGUAACUCCGAUGUCCUUGGAGCACUUGUACGGUGUUGUCGUCUUCCAAAUCGCUGUUGAAAAGCCUCAGUCCAAAAUCGGCUCCCGCUGUACAAAUGAUAACCACUUUGGGGAAAACGGCCAGGGAUGUUUCCGGCGCGAAGGCCAACGUGUGGCAUCGGCUUUCGUGAUGAACUUCCUUGAGUUCAUUCCAUUCGAAACAUUCGUUCUCGCUUUCCUCCUGGCAUAAUCAAAUUAAUUAAAAUAUAUUUCAUAUACAGCUUUUUAUUCCAACUCACCGGAAAUCGAAUCACUCCUAGUAUCAGCUUAUCAGACAUUGCUGCACACAGCAAAUUCUGGGACCAUUCAUAGCUGGAUAGCUCGAAGGCUACAAUUUUAUCCGGAAAAGAUAUUAAGUGGGUAGGUGGGGAGCUGUUAUGAGCAUCCAUCGUUGCGGUGCAGCAAGCCGAUACAACAAACAGCGGCGUGUGAUCCCUCUUUGAUGAGCUUUGUGAGUUUAUAAACAAACAUUCCCGCUCCAAUCGAAUGUCAACAGACUCGUUAUCGGCAGGGAUGUCAGGUGAUUUUUUUUUCAAAAACCCACACACGACAGAAUUUCCACAUACCCACCAUGGUUGGCACAUGUAUUUUUUUUCAGAAACUCGACCCCUAAAAAGCCACCUUUAAAAAACACAGACCGAAUUCUAAACAAAAAUACGCACCCCAUAAGUUAAAAAAGUUAUAUGCUAGAUGUACCCUGCCACGCUUUGGC